GGCGCAAAUGACCCUGAAAUCACAGGCGAAAUAUUAACCUUAAUUAAUAGACAAAAUGUAACAUGUGUCACCAGCGGCGAUGAUGUUAAUUCAACAAUAUAUUUACAUCCUGCAACAAACGUUCCUUUGGAAGAUGUUACCCCUUUCAAAUCUUUAGAACACCAAAAGUCAGAUUUGAAAAAAUGGAUACCAAAAAAGAUAAUAACGGACCAGCGUUGGCAAGACUUCAAGAUAGAAGAAAAUAAAUUAGAAAUUGUCCCACUAGAAAACGUCUCAUUUUCUUUUAGUGGAAGGGAAAAUUUCACUGUUCACAUAAACAAUAAGUACGUAGGAAAGACGUCAAAUAAAAUAUGUGAAAAUUGGUGCCAUUUUUUGUUGCAUAUUUACAGCAACAAUACUGUGCAAAUAAAAGAUGAUCAAAACAACAUUAUUUUCCUUACGAAUUAUGUUAAAGGUAGUAAGAAUAUUACACUUACUGCACAUUCGCCAUCGUUCUGGAAAUUGCAUAAAUUUGAUUACUUGAAACUCAGUAACGAACAAAAACCAAUUACGGUUCAACAUACAGGUACUUUACGUUUAUCUAUGUUCGUGUACUUGGAUAAAAAUAGCAACUUAAAGUUAUACCUGAUUUCAAACAACAAAACUAUUGAACGAAAUAUUGACGGAAGAAUGAAACCAAAAGAAUGGCAAAAAAUAGAAAUGACAAUUGAAUCUGUUAACGCCACUACUCUGCAUAUGAAGCCAACAAAAUUUGAAAAUAUUGGAAAUAAGAGUCUUUGGGCAGUUGAUAGAAUUAAUUUUUACACAUCUAGUAGAGGAAUUUUCAGAGCGACAAACAUUUCAAGUACCUCCAACCAAGUUUACGUCUGCAAAAGACUGAAUGAUUCCCAUACGACGAACAUAAAGCAUGUCUUAAAGUUAAACGGUUGCCAUAAUGCGAAAUUUGGGAGUUCUUGUGAAAUUUCAUGUUCAGACGUUCUGGGAAAAGAGUUUAAAAAUUGCGAAGAGCACAAAAUGUGCACAUCCAAAGACAAUUGUCGUUGUUUUGAUGGAUAUACUGGAGAGUACUGUGACGAACUACUUAAAAAUACUUUAAGCAUUACCGAAACCAAAAGCAACAGUAUCUCCUUAUCCUGGACCCCACCAAAGAUUCGAAAGAAAUACAAAUAUACUUUAAAAUACUACAAAUGGAGAAGAAAAUUUUGUGAAGAAAGAGCGUUAGGAAAAGAAACAGUUGUUGAUAUACGUAAUAUUGCUGAAUAUAAAGUACAAAAUUUAGAACCAUUCACAGAAUAUUUGAUAGAGUUGUAUAAUUCCAAUCAAAGACCUGUUAUUGCUAACAUUAAAGGGACGACGAAACCUGACAAACAAAUAACUGAGAAAGAACUUCCAACAAAAUUCCAGUUUUCGAAAGACCUUCUUACGUUACAAUUUGAAGAUUGUCAAUAUUUUAAUGGGCCAUUGAGCUACGAUUUUAGUUUUCAAUGCGUUAGCACUUGGUGUAAAAAAGACCAAAAGAUUCACAAGCAACUUAAUAUGACAAGCCACGUUAAAACGCUAACAUAUAACACAACCCGUUUUUUACCAUUUACUGAUUAUAAAUUGGCGGUGAAGGCGUCAAGAUUUGAUUCACACAUAGAAAAAGAAUAUAAUACUGAAAGAACUGGACCUAAAGCACCCCACCAAGUCAAAGAUUUAAAAAUUGUUUGUCGGAAUAGCGCAACUGCAUGGAUCAGUUGGAAGCCCCCAUAUCCACCCACAGGAAACAUUUCACACUAUGUUAUUACGACUGACAAUAAGAGAAAUGAUUUUAACUCUAGUGAUACUCAAGCAACAAUAAAAAAUCUACGAACUGACACACAAUACACCAUCACCAUUACAGCCAAAAAUCUAAACGUUGAGGACACUGGAGAACCAAAAUCAAUGACAAUUCCAAAAUUUACAGAUUUGGAAAAACCCCAAAACUUGAGUUUUGACUUGCUUUCAAGAAACAAACUACGACUGACGUGGAGUCACCCCAUUAUCAAAGAUUUUCAUAUCAGUGUGUUGGGAAAACACUCUCAAAAUUUCUCAUUGAUUUCGAAAAAGUGUAAAAAAAUGUACCACCAUGAAUUCCAGCUUGAUGAUGAAGACAAUCGCGUAAUAAAUAUUUGGGGACUGGAAGCUUCAUCCGUAAAUAAAAGUCACAUUAAUGUUACAACUAAAAACGCACAUUUCUCUUCCCAACCUUUUCUGACAAUUUGUUUGGAGACAAAAUGUUCACUAUGGGUGCCCAAGCCAACGGACGCGGGUGAAGAAAGUAAUUAUACAAUUUUGGUAGAAAACAAACACAAUGAGUCAGACAAACGUACAUUAUCAAGCUUAGAGUUAAUCGACGAUUAUUUUCACGUCGAACUGGGAGACGAACCUGAUCAAGUCGUUUCGCUAGAAAACGAAACUUACAGAAUGUCUCUAGUAAUUAACAAAUCCGUUUAUCCUUUUAUUGAGAAAAAAUAUCAAACAGCCAGCCUUGCAGGUCUAGUCGCCUUGUGUACAGUAUCUUUCGUAACAGUGAUAUUUUUGUGUUACCUCUUUUAUGCGUACAAAAAUGCAGUUUACCCUUUCGAACUCAGAAAGAAUAGCGAAGGAAACAAGGAUGAUGAAUGGAUAAUUAUGGAAUUUUCAGAACGCUACCAACGAAACAGCAUUAAACGAGUUCGCCCUAAAUGUGACUCUCCUCCAAAAGCUGAAGAACUCGAAGUUUUAGCACAAACCUCCACUACUACCCUGAAAAUUGACCAUUUUGAGGAUUAUCUAAUGCAUUCGCUUGGCGAAGACCCGAAGGACAAUGACUUGACGAAACAGUAUCAGGCCAUACCAAACCCGACAAAACCACGAACUGUUGGCCUCUUGAAAAGGAACGUAGCGAAAAACCGGUACAAAAAUAUAAUUGCGUUUGAUGAAACUAGAGUAAAACUGAAAGACUACGACGGCUACGAUUACAUCAACGCGAGUUAUGUGGACGGAUAUAAAGUACCGAAGGCUUUUAUAGCAACUCAGGCGCCAAUGGAAUCCACUAUUGGCGACUUCUGGUGGAUGGUGUGGCAAGAAAACGUAAAAAACAUCAUAAUGCUCACCGAAUUAGUCGAAAAUAAUGUGGAAAAAUGUGCGCAGUAUUGGCCAGAAUUGAAGUCACACGUGCGUUACGGAAAAGUAUUAAUUCGAAACACGUAUCAAAAAAUCCACGCGGAUUUUAUUCAGCGGAAAUUAAGUGUUAGGUGCAAUAAUGAAAACAGGACCAUUCAGCAUCUACAAUUCGUCACUUGGCCGGACCAUCAAGUGCCACUUUACCCCCAAAAUUUUACGAAAUUUGUCAGGACUAUGGUGGCCAUGCCUCUGAACAAGUCUCGAAUUGUGGUGCACUGCAAUGCGGGCUGUGGCAGAACGGGAACUUUGAUUUUGUGCGACACAGUUUUACGAAUGGCAGCGAAAGAAAGAAAGCUCGAUUUUGUAAAAACACUGACCAACAUGAGGCAACAACGAACAAAUUUGGUUUCUAAUGUGGACCAGUACAUUUUUGCACAUUUCAUUGUCUUGGAGUGUUUGUUCGAAAAGGAUUUCUCGAUACGUAUCGAUGAUUCGUUUCAAGAUGAAGUAAUGAAGGUUUUGAGGAAAACUACAGUAAAGCCCUUGAUGGAACACUUGGAUAAAGUAAUGAUGCAAUUCAAGAAGCGGGAAGUUAAAUUAUCGGGUUCCAUCACUGAUGAAGAUAAGACCAAAAACAGAUUUUCUGAUAUUCUGCCAGGGAACGCGAAAGUGUUUUUGCAAACCAGCUCAAGACACACCUCCAGUUAUAUCAACGCGGUGUUUGUGGACUGCUACCGGUGCCCCAAAAAAUUCAUCGUCACACAACAGCCCCUACCAAACACCCUUGACGAUUUUUGGAGAAUGAUCAAAUAUCGCGAAAUUAACACAAUUGUCUCACUUAACGAAAUCGACGGAAGCGACCCACGCUGUCCCAAAUUUUGGGCACUUGAUACCGACUCCACAAGUCUAGAAAUCUUAGAGGAAAACAACAAUAAAACCUAUUCCACCACAAAAUUAAAAAUUAUGGACAAGCGCGACACAUCUGUCGACAAAAUCAUCAAUGUCUUGGAACUUAAGAACUGGAAACGCGAAACUCCACAGCCAAAAAACGUCAAAGACUUAAUUAUGGUCUGGAGGGAAAUGUUCAGUAACUCGUGGAAGGGCACUAGUCAGAUUGUUGUCACUUGCUACGACGGUGCCACCGCUAGUGGCCUGUUUGUCGCCCUUGCUUUUCUCCUCGAAAAAAUUAAUUACGAGCAGGAAUGUGAUGUUUUCUCCGCUAUUAGGGCCGUGAGGCAAAGUCGGGAGCAAUUUGUCCAGGAAUGGGGCCAGGUUGAGUUUUUGUACAAAGCUGCAAAAUUAUACGUUGAGGAGUUCGAUAAUUAUCACAAUUUUAACUAAACUAAGGAACUGUUGGCAUACUGAGUUACUUCCGUUGGUAACCCAGUUAUUUUUUUAACAGCUUCUGUUAUUUGGUGAGGAAGGACUAGCAACUUAAACAGUUGAUACUCCUUUUGUACCGUAGAAUUGCCGGUGGUUAACGGAGAGAUGAGCUCAAGAUUCUAAAAAAUGAUUUUGGAUGUAGAUAGAAGAAAUAAUAACGAUAUUUUACUCACUUCUAUUUGCUCAAAAGCUUUCAUUAUUACAGGCCUUUCAACGGUUUGAAUAUUGGAAUUAGCGUUUGCAAACUUUAGAUAUCUGUUAAAGACCAUUUCAAAAUUCAUCGGCUGAUUGUCGUAGAUUUCACAAUGAUGUUUCAUUGUUAUUAUUAAACACAGUUCAAGCACGCUUAAGUCUUGCAACACUUGAACUGUCUCAUCUCUCUCGAACAAUUCUAUUUGUUUUAAAAACGUAUCGUACGCUAAUUUAUUGUUAACAUCGUUAAGUUCAGACACCACAAGCAGCUAAAAUAAAUCGUUUUUAAAG